AUGUCGGAGUCAAGAACUUUUCUGAGGUUGGCAAGUCCCAAUGAACGCCGCACCAUCAGCCGGGAAGACCUCGGGUUCUACCACGCCGUGGUCAUUGGUGCGGUUUAUGAGAUUCAUUCUCGCGACAUGGAUGUCCGGUCAGCGCAAUCAUUUAUCCCCCUUUUGAGACAGUGCGUCCUACAGCAUCCGCACCUGAGCAUAGUGGUCACGGACAAGCAUACAGAGAAACCCGCCUACGAAGCUGUGACUAUUGUGAACCUCGAGGACCACGUUACUAUCAUCAACGAUGACCCAGCGAUAACCAGCGAGACAGACGAAGCGACUGCAUUUGAGAGGACUCUGCCACCGAUCAUGGACCGACCCUGGCCAGCCGACAUACCCCCCUGGCGAAUCGUCGUCCUGCCGUUAGAUUCGCCCUCCACCGUCGCGCGUUGCCUCAUCGCAUUCGCCUUCUCGCACGCUUUGGGCGAUGGCAUUGUCGGAUUGACUUUCCACCGCACUUUUCUAAAGGCACUACGAGGACCCCUCGAGUCCACCUGCACUCGAGAAACCUCCCCCGUGGUGACUCUCCCACCGGGUCGCACGAUCCCCGCCCCCUUCGAUACCCCAGACCGACUGCCAAUAUCCUGGGGCUUCCUCCUGAAACCCCUGCUCGCUGCGUAUCUGCCGACAUUUCUGGCCAAGCUACUCGGCCUGCGCGCACACGCUACCCAUCUUGACGCGGGUACAUGGACCGGGUCUCCCAUGUUCUUCCAUCCGCAGGCCCCGCAGCAAACGCGCGUCAAGCUCUUGACAAUCAACGCAUCAUUGCUCGAGAGCGCCCUGCAAGCUUGCAGAACCCAUGACGCCAAGCUCACCGGACUCCUGCACCAGCUCAUCGUCCGGGCGCUCUCCAAGGCUCUCCCGGACCCCACUGUGACCAACUUCGUCUCCGGAACUGCAGUCGACAUGCGCGCCUCCAUCGGGCAGCCGCCGCAGACCUGGGGAUUGUUUGUGGGUGGGCACUACGACCGCCAUGCGCGUCUCGCGGCGGAGGCUGCCUCCCCGGCAUUCUCGGAGGAGAUGUGGGCGGCGGCGAGUGCCAUGACGAAGCGGCUGGCGGAGUGUGCAGCGAGUCUCCAGGAUCAGGCGGUGGGGUUGCUGCGGUACGCCCCGAGUAUACGGAACUGGACACUAGCAAAACUGGGUCACCGACGGGAUUGUUCGUAUGAAGUGAGCAACUUGCGGGCUUUUAAUGGCAGCGGGGGGGCGGACGCGGCGGAGGGGGCUACGAUCUCGAUGAUGGUGUUUUCGCAGCCGGGGAAUGCGACGAGUGGGGCGCUCAUGUUCAAUCUGGUGAGUGUUCAGGGGGGGGACUUGGUGUGCACCGUGAGUUGGCAGGCUGGGGCGCUGGAUGUGCCGGUGGACGAGGAGGUGGGGUUUGUCGAGGGGGUGUGCUCGUCGAUUCGGGGGGACUUGGAAGCAUUGAGAGGGUGA